AGGGGUUCCCUGUACGGCAGCAAUGCAGAAGUGCUGCUGCCUGGAAGGAGAAUCUUCCCUUCCCUGUUGCACUACUGCAGGGUCACGAGGGUUCCCAAAAUAGCAGAGAGAUCUGAGCCGUUCCCAGCCCGAGCCAAGCAGGGCUGUGACAUGUCCCUGCUCCCAGACAGGCGGUGUGGGGCACGGCGCGCUGGAGGGGCUGUGCCACGGGCCGUGGAGGCAGCUGGUCCGGCCGUGGCUCCGUCUGCAGGCUGGGUUCUGCAUCAUGGGCAGCCCCAUGGGCAGAGGGGAUGAGCGGCAGGAGCCCAUCUGCACACGGAAGGCAGAGGGCCCAGCCCAGGCCUUCUGGCAGGCACUGCUGGCAGGGGAGCGGGGGGUUGUGGCCGAUCUCCUCAGCCACCCUGAGCACCAGCUCAGUCCCAGCGCGGUGUUUGACACCAGUGACCUGGAGGAGUGGAGGAACUACCGCUUCAAUUUCCGUGGGCUGAGACUGUGGUCUCUGAGCUACGAGCAAGAGCUCACCACGCCACUACACAUCACAGCCAGCCGGGGCUAUGCAGACUGCCUGCAGCUCCUGCUGCUCAGGGGUGCUGCCGUCAACUUUGCACCGGGGGGUAAGACUGCCCUGCACGAGGCUUGUGUGGCGGCCAGCACUGACUGCGUGCGCCUGCUGCUCAGCUUUGGCGCUGACCCUGAGGCUGUCUCUGAGGAUGGCUACAAGCCUCUGCAUCUCUGCAAGAGUCCAGACUCCAUCAAGUGCGUUCAGCAGCUGCUGAAGUACGGUGCCCAUGUGAACAGCCGGACAGAGGAGGAGGAGGACACAGCGCUGCACGUGGCAGCACGGCACGGCCUCCCCAGUCACAUCCAGCUGCUGCUGCAACACGGAGCAGAUCUGGAGGCAAGGAACGAGGAGGGGCAGACGCCGCUGAAUGCUGCCUGCGCGCAGCCCCACUCGCCCCAGGACAUGGAGCGCUACUACAAGGUUUGCCAGCUGCUGGUGGAGAGCGGUGCCAACGUCAACGCUGCUGACAGGGACCAUCAGCACCCACUGCACUUGGCCUGCAAGAACGCCAGCGCUCAGAUAGCAGAGCUACUGCUGGCCCGGGGCGCAAACGUCAACAUCAUGAACUACAGCGGCAACACAGCCCUGCACAACAUCCUGCAGACAGCUGCCUACAAGCUGGAGCACCAUCCUGAGCUCGUGGUGCGGACCCUGCUCAACUACGGGGCCAUCCGCAUCUGGCCUGGCUCCCUCCUCAAGGUGCUGCGGUACUGCAAUGCCUGCCCGCGUGCCAUCGAGGCGCUGAUGAACUGCUACGACCACGUGCGUGUGUCUGAGGAGUGGGUGUCGGCGGUGCCAGCAGAAGUUGUGCAGAAGUAUCCCCGUUUCUACCAGUCGCUGUUCUCCCUGCAGCAGAGGCCCCGCUCCCUGCAGCACCUGGCGCGCUGUGCGCUCAGGGCCUUCCUGGAGGGCCGGCUGCUCCCAGUGCUCUCCCAGCUGCACCUGCCCAGCGCCCUGCGCCGCUUCCUGCUGCUCAGCUUCGAGGACGUUCUCUACUGAGUGCGUGGCCCUACAUCCCACUGUGUCUUCCUGUGCAGAUUUUACGUCCGUCCCGCCGAUCCCUUCCCUCUUGCUGCACUCUGCCAGUGCCUCUGCUGUGCUGUCCCUGCCAUCCCUGUGUGCUGCUAUGGAGUGCUCCGUGCACACCACACUAACCACGACGAGCUCCAGACUCACCACGAAGAGCAAGAGGUGAGGCUCAGGGCAUUUUGUGGAUCGGGGAAACGUGCUGGACUGAUCUCAGCUUUGUUGUAGACCAUCCGCCUUCCUAUCCCAAACCUACAAAUUCUAACCAGACCCAGGCUGCUCUGCUGUCACAGACAUCUGUUGGAUCUUAUCUUUUGUCAUGUUUACAGUCUGUACACAAGGCUUUUUGAAAUAAUCACUAAUAAAUGCCAGCCUACAACUUCA